GUGGUGGUGGUGGUGGUGGUGUUUUUGUGGUGAAUUUAAUGUUUGUGUGGUGAAUGUGGUGAACUUUGAGCGGCGCUGGUGGUGAAUGCUGUUUUGUGGUGAAUGUGGUGCGUGGCGUGAUGGUGAAAGGGUUAUGUGCUGUUGUGGUAACUGUGGUGGUGAUUGUGGUGGUAAAAUGCGGUGAUAGUGAAGAUCUGUGGUGAAAACUGCUAUUUGUGGCGUGCUGAGCGGUGAAACGGGCGUGUAGUGAUGAUGUGGUGUUGACGAAAUGAUAGUGACGUAUUAUGAUCACUAUUUUCCAUCAUUACUUUCUGUUUUUCUUCGGUGAUAAGUUUAACGGAAAUGGCGACGGUGUAGUGAUGAUGGUGACACGGUAGUAUACGUCAUCAUCAUUAUUAAAAUCAUCACCAUCAUCAUCAUCAUCAUUUUUUUCCCUUCAUACCAACAGAUGAACUAAAAAAGUGAUAUACAAAAAAAAAAAUUAAAAGAAAAAUAGAUAAAUUAUAGUGAUGAUGAUGAAUAGUGAUGAAAAAAUUAUAUUAUAAUCGUCACUAUCACAACUAUUUCCUUUCCAUCAGAUCAAAAAAAUCGAACCAAAAAAAAAAAAAACUCGAAGAAUUAACAAAAAAACAUUGAACAUUGAGUAGUGAUGAUAUAGUGAUGAGAUAAUGGUACCCCAAUAACCAUCAUCACUAUUACAUCACAACCUCCCCUUAGACGAGAAAAAAACGAACGAACGAACGAAUAAAACCGAAAAAAAAUUAUGACGAAACAGUGAAAUAGUGAUGAUAUAGUGAUAGAAUAACAACAACGAUCAUCACUAUACAAUAACGGUCAUCACUAUUACCAUCACAAACUCCUAAACGAAAUAAAAAAACAAAAAAAUGACAAAAUAGUGACGAUAUGGUGAUGAAAUAGCAACAACACCAUAACCAUCAUCACUAUUACCAUCAAAAACGAAAAAAAAAAAACACGAAAGAAUAGUGAUGAUAGCCAAAAAAAACGCAUCCUUUGCUGAUUCAGGGACAAAAAAAAUGACAAAAUAGUGACGAUAUGGUGAUGAAAUAGCAACAACACCAUAACCAUCAUCACUAUUACCAUCAAAAACGAAAAAAAAAAAAAAAAACACGAAAGAAUAGUGAUGAUAGCCAAAAACACGCAUCCUUUGCUGAUUCUGGGACAGCCGCUUCGCUAAAAUGAACCAAAAUCACUCUUAUGGCCGCUCAGGGACACUCCAACCCACUGCCCUAAGGUGUGUGCUGCAAGAAGGCCCCGUAGUGAGCCAGCCUUACGUUCCCGGAGCGCUGCUAAGAUCGGUAACCACGCUGACGAAGGAGGACCUACACAACAAAUCUUCAAGACGUCGCCCGGAAUCUUUUGCUGAGGGAAAAAGAAAUAGUGAUCCACAGGAGGGAAACAAGCCGUUUUCCCUUAAAGAUGCGCUGUUUCCCUCAAGCACCGUGGAGUUCUUUACCAGAUUGGGCUCCAGCAGGUCACAGCAACACGCCUUGAGUCAUGCAGCAGCCACAGCAGCCAGAAGUCGAAAGGGUUUCACUGCAACUAAAAAAAAUCAUUCUCACGUUCAAGACUCAUCGGCGACAUUCUACACGCAAUCUGAGGGCGUGGACGUGACCAAGAAGGCGUCCAAGGGCGCGUCUGGCAUGGGCACCACUGCUUCUAGGCGUCACAGUGGCCCUGGAGACGCCACAAAGGCCAAAAGUAGUCAAAAGGGCCGAAAAGUUUCCCUUGACAUAACAUCUUCAAAACAGACGUACAGUAUUCUGCAUAAGCAUUCCAGCACCACCAAGGGCACCACCAAGGGAACUUCCAGGACCCUCGAGACCGCUGGGACGCAAAAGACCGCUGGAAACCCCAAAAAAACUCACCUAAACUCGAAAAAUGCUGAGAAAGUUGCGAAUGGAAACAGUAAGGGUCAUUCAACGGACCUUAGGGACGCCGCGACUGCUGGAGGUGCUGGAAAAGCCUUAGACGCUGUGAAGGGGAAGAGUUUAAGGAAAAAAUCGACUAAAAGGAGGUUUUUCAAAGGUAGACCUCAAUGUGCUGGCCCCGAGGAAGGAACCACCACGGAGGAGGAGGAGGUCGAUGGAGGAGGAGGAGGAGGAGAGGGAAAAAAAUGGAUCGCCAACAGGUCCCUACAGAGACACUACCCAGAGCACUGUGUUGACCCUUCACUCUCUGACACCGAACUGGGCAAGAUUUCCACCCCCCACAGCCUGCUGGAUGGGGAGUGCGUGUCAGUUGGGGGCAGCAGCAUGACCUCAGAGAGAGCUAUCGAUGUAGGUCGUGUUGGGACGUGGGCAAGUUCAUUUGAGAAACUCUUGGAAGACCCUGCUGGACUCCACACAUUUGCUGAGUUCUUGAAGAAGGAGUACAGCCAUGAGAACAUCUACUUCUGGACUGCCUGUGAGAGAUACAAAAGGUUAACGUCACCCGAUGAACUUCGGUCAACCGCGAGGCAAAUCUUUGAACGCCAUUUGUACAGUGGAGCCCCUGAGCCAGUAAAUGUUGAUUCCCAGGCAAGGCAAGAUGCGCAGGAUGGCCUUCACCUCCCCAAUGAGUCUCUCUUUGCCCAGGCACAGAAACAGAUAUUCAACCUCAUGAAGUUCGACAGCUAUUCGCGUUUCUUAAAGUCGGCCCUCUACCAAGACUGCCUGACCCAAGAGAUGAGAGGGCAGCCCCUUCCAUACGCAGGGGAUGAUGCUCUUGAUCCUGAUCUUCGCAUUGGGGCUGAGGACUCGCAUGUUAAGCUGAAGAAGAGCCGAUCGGACGCAGACGAGAGGCGGAGGAAGUCUCUGCUGCCCUGGAAUAGGAAAGACAGAAGCAAGAGCAAGGAUAGAGGGGAGGCAGAAUAUAGAAGGCGAAAAAAGAACACCCUUAGGAACACCUCGGAUUCAUCUUCUCUCCGGUCGGACGUCAGUGGCAGCAGGACCUCUCUCAACUCCUCAGACCUUCCCCUAGGGCGGCGCGUGGCUUCCAGAGAGUCCCUGACCAGCGGCGACCAGGGGAGCCUGAGUGGCGGGGAGGGGAGCGCCAGAUGCCGGGUGGUGCUGCCUGACCUGACCAACUCUGUGGUAGCCAUUAAAGGGAGUGAGACUGUGCAAGAAGUGAUGGGCAGGCUGCUGGAGCGAAGGGGUCUUUCUUAUUCAACUUUUGAGGUUUACCAUCACAAGACUGACAAGCUGCUAAACAAGAAAGAAGACAGCUCUAUACUCGGAGGCUGUGAAGUUCGUCUAGAGCAGAGAGUGUUCUUCCAGCUCGACUUACCGUCCCAAAAGGUGGUUUGCAUUAAAGCCAAGCCUGCGAAAACCACUGGAGAGGUUCUCAAGCCCAUCCUGCAGAAAUACGGACUCAAGAUAGACCUCCUUCAUAUACACAGGGAUGGGGAAGAAAGACCUGUUAACCUGAAGGCGCCCGUGACCGACAUUGAUGGCAUGAAGCUUGUUGUGCAGACCAAAGAGGAGGUGAAAGGUCAGGUCAGGUCAGCGGAGGUCGGGUCAGGUCAAGUCAGGUCAGGUCAGGUCAAGUUAGAUAUGAUAGUAAGGGAAGGAAUGAAAAGACGUAUUGAUGAAUUUUAAAGGUCAGGUCAGGUCAGGUCAGGUCAGGUCAAGUUAGAUAUAUAAGUAAAGAAAGAAAAUAUAUAGUUAAAUUUUAAAGGUCAGGUCAGGUCAGGUCAAGUUAGAUAUAUAAGUAAAGAAAGAAAAUAUAUAGUUAAAUUUUAAAGGUCAGGUCAGGUCAGGUCAAGUUAGAUAUAUAAGUAAAGAAAGAAAAUAUAUAGUUAAAUUUUAAAGGUCAGGUCAGGUCAG